AUGGCUACACCACAAGUCCAAGCCAUCCGCAGAUGGAUCAUGACUGGCGCGGUCGCUGCCAUUACCGUCACUGGAACCAUUUACGGCGCUGGACUGAAGACUGAUCGCGAAGUCAAGCAGGAGCGCAAACGCUACCAACAAGCCACCCCCGAAGAAAUCAUUUCGCAACUCGAAAUUGCACGCGACGACCUUAUGAUGAAGAAGAAAGAGAUGGAGAGGAAGAUUGCUGGGUUCCAGGAGAAGAAGAAGGCGAAGGAG